AAAUGUCUCCUGAAAAUUAAAUUGAAUUUUACACUUUUGUGUUGUACACUUCACAGCGACAAACAUUUAAGCUCAAUUUUAUGGUAGAGAUAUUUAUCGUGUUGGUAGUAUUUGUCUAUAAACAAGUGAAAGUCGGUUGACGUGGACAGUGGUUUGAUGUGGAGUGUAUUAGUUUGUGUAAAAUUCACGCGCUUUAACUGUGUGCAUUUAAUUUUGGGACCAUGUUAACCAAAUUUGAAACGAAGUCGGCCCGUGUGAAAGGACUGUCAUUUCACCCUAAACGUCCAUGGGUUCUGGCAAGCCUACACAAUGGAGUGAUUCAGCUGUGGGACUACAGAAUGUGUACACUGCUGGACAAGUUUGAUGAACAUGAUGGUCCAGUUCGUGGAAUCUGCUUCCACAGUCAGCAGCCACUUUUUGUGUCAGGAGGAGAUGAUUAUAAGAUCAAGGUGUGGAAUUACAAACAGAGACGAUGCAUCUUUACGUUGCUCGGUCAUUUGGAUUACAUUCGCACUACAAUGUUUCAUCAUGAAUAUCCAUGGAUCUUGAGUGCGUCAGAUGACCAGACAAUCCGUAUCUGGAACUGGCAGAGCCGUACAUGCAUCUGUGUACUUACUGGACAUAACCACUAUGUAAUGUGUGCCCAGUUCCAUCCCACUGAUGAUAUCGUUGUGUCCGCCUCGCUCGAUCAAACUGUGCGAGUGUGGGACAUUUCAGGUAUAGCCAACAAUCUGGAAGGCCUUCGGAAGAAGAAUGUGGCACCAGGACCGGGAGGGUUAGAUGAUCACCUCAAGAAUCCUGGAGCAACAGACUUGUUUGGACAAGCAGAUGCUGUUGUGAAACAUGUCUUGGAGGGUCAUGACAGGGGAGUGAACUGGGCCUGUUUCCACCCCACACUUCCUCUGAUCGUCUCAGGCGCAGAUGACAGGCAGUUAAAGCUGUGGAGAAUGAAUGAAGCAAAAGCAUGGGAAGUGGACACUUGUCGUGGUCAUUAUAACAAUGUUUCAUGUGUCCUAUUUCACCCCCGUCAAGAGCUCAUUCUCUCCAACUCUGAGGACAAGAGCAUUCGUGUGUGGGACAUGACCAAACGUACUUGUCUACAUACGUUCAGAAGAGAACAUGAACGUUUCUGGGUUUUGGCUGCCCACCCAUCUCUCAAUCUCUUUGCUGCUGGCCAUGAUUCUGGUAUGAUCAUUUUCAAGUUGGAGAGGGAACGUCCAGCUUAUGCCGUGCAUGGAAACAUACUCUACUAUGUGAAAGAUCGAUUCCUCCGCAAACUAGAUUUUACCACAUCCAAAGAUACAGCUGUGAUGCAGCUUAGAGGUGGUGGACGCACUCCUGUGCACAGCAUGUCAUACAAUCCAGCAGAGAAUUCUGUUCUGCUGUGUAUAAGAACCAGCAAUGUGGAGAACAGUGCAUAUGACUUGUAUAGCAUUCCCAAGGAUUCAGAUAGUCAGAAUCCUGAAUCCCCAGAAAGCAAGCGUGCAUCAGGUGUCACUGCCAUAUGGGUAGCAAGGAAUCGCUUUGCAGUUCUGGACCGCACACACUCGUUGAUGAUAAAAAAUCUGAAAAAUGAGGUGACUAAGAAAGUUCAGACUCCAAACUGUGAUGAAAUUUUCUAUGCUGGAACUGGAAUGUUGCUGCUGAGAGAUUCUGAUGGUGUAACCUUGUUUGAUGUUCAGCAGAAGAGAACUCUGGCACAGGUGAAGAUUUCCAAAUGUCGAUAUGUUGUGUGGUCAUCUGACAUGACUCACGUGGCUCUGUUGGCUAAACAUACUGUUAACAUCUGCAAUCGUCGGCUUGAAUCACUCUGCUCAAUUCAUGAGAAUACACGCGUGAAGUCCGGAGCUUGGGAUGAUAGUGGAGUGUUUAUUUACACUACAAGCAAUCACAUCAAAUAUGCUAUCUCCAAUGGGGAUCAUGGAAUAAUUCGCACACUGGACCUUCCAAUUUACAUCACUCGUGUGAAGGGCAACCAGGUUUUUUGUCUGGACCGUGAGUGCAAGCCACGCAUUCUUAAUAUUGAUCCUACAGAAUUCAAGUUCAAGUUGGCGCUUAUUAAUCGUAAAUAUGAUCAAGUGCUUCAUAUGGUACGCAAUGCUCGUCUGGUGGGACAGUCCAUCAUUGCGUACCUGCAGCAGAAGGGAUAUCCAGAAGUGGCUUUACAUUUCGUGAAAGAAGAAAAGACCCGAUUCAGUCUUGCUCUUGAGUGUGGAAACAUUGAAGUUGCUCUGGAAGCUGCAAGAGCCCUUGAUGACAAAGCAUGUUGGGAAAGGCUAGGACAGGCUGCCCUCAUGCAAGGAAAUCAUCAAGUUGUAGAAAUGUGCUACCAGCGAACUAAGAACUUUGACAAACUCUCAUUCUUGUACCUCAUUACGGGCAAUCUUGAUAAGCUGCGAAAGAUGAUGAAGAUCGCAGAAAUAAGAAAGGAUAUAUCUGGCCAGUAUCAGGGAGCCUUGUUCCUGGGUAAUGUCCAUGAGAGAGUAAAAAUUCUCAAGAACUGUGAUCAGCACUCGCUCAGUUACUUGACCGCAGAGGUGCACGGACUCGUGGAAUCACAGUCUCCCAUAAACGAAAAUAAUGUUCCACCAAUACGGCCAAAUGCAAAGCUUCUAAAACCCCCUGUACCAGUAAUGCAGGCAGAGACAAACUGGCCUCUUCUCACAGUAUCUAAGGGAUUCUUUGAGGGUGCAGCCAUGACACGAGGAAAGAGCGGUGUGGUGAGCAGUGUACUGGCUCCAGAUUCCGCUGAGGACACCACUACAGAAGGCUGGGGAGUUGACGCCGAACUGGGGCUAGAUGAAGACGGUCUUGGUGCAGAUGAGGAACGUGAACUUGGUGCAUCUGGUGAUCCAGAAGGCAGUGGCUGGGAUGUGGGUGAUGAGGAUCUGGUGUUGCCUCCUGAGCUGGAGAGCACAGCUGUAGCAGGAGCAGAUGAUGGUUACUUCGUGCCACCAACAAAGGGACUGUCACAACUGCAGGUGUGGGUGAACAAUUCACAGCUUCCUGUUGAUCAUAUCCUAGCCGGGUCAUUUGAGUCUGCAUUCAGAUUGCUACAUGAACAGGUUGGCGUGGUGGAUUUCAGGCCAUACCAUACACUUUUCCUCAGUAUAUUUUCUAGUUCACAUACUUCUUACACAGCUCUCCCAUCCCUGUCACCAUUGUAUGGCUACCCACAUCGUAACUGGAAGGACGCAGGUCCUAAAGGUGGAAAACCAGCCAUUGGUAUCAAGCUGGCAGACCUGAUUCAAAAGUUGCAGGUUUGUUACCAGUUGACGACGGGUGGAAAAUUCAGCGAGGCUAUCGAGAAGUUUCAUGUACUGGUCCUGAGCAUUCCGCUUCUGGUUGUAGAGACUCGCCAAGAGGUCACAGAGGCACAGCAUCUACUUCAUAUCUGCAGAGAAUACAUUCUAGGACUAAAAAUGGAGACAGCGAGAAAGGAAUUGCCCAAAGCCACUUUAGAGGAUCAGAAACGCUUGUGUGAGAUGGCAGCAUAUUUUACACAUUGCAACCUUCAGCCAGUCCAUCAGAUCCUUACUCUCCGCACAGCAAUGAACCUCUUCUACAAACUGAAUAACUACAAGACUGCAGCGUCAUUUGCGCGGCGUUUAUUAGAACAAGGUCCUCGCCAAGAUGUGGUGCAGCACGCUAAGAAAAUGCUGCAGGCCUGUGAUAAAAAUCCUGUAGAUGAACACCAACUGCAGUACGAUGAGCACAACCCAUUUUCACUUUGUGGCCGGACGUAUCGUCCCAUCUAUCGUGGGAAGGCAGAGGAGAAAUGCCCGUUGUGUGGGGCAAGUUAUAUGCCUCAGUUCAAGGGAACAGUGUGUGCAAUAUGUAUGGUAGCAGAAGUCGGCAAGGACACGGUCGGACUGCGUAUUAGCCCGCUUCAGUUUCGCUAGUCCUAUGUAAUCAUUAGUAUUUGCUGACGCUACAUCAACAUAAAUGAUGUCUGACAAUUGAUGAGUUUACGCAUUUGGUGUAUUUUAGAUAAUUAAAUUUAAUUUCUGUGAUUAUAA